GCAGUGGACUUGGCAACACAUUGUCGCGCGCGUGCAUGGAUUUCUGCGUCAGUUUGUGCGUUUAUCAAUGUAAAGGACAUGAGAUACACUGACAAUUAAUGUAAAUAGUUCAAAACGUGUUAACCUGAACCCUGUCAGAUAACCAGUCAGGUAAAUAUUUGGUGGUGCACAGCAGAAGAUUGCAGCAUUGACGUUGAAAGUGAAAGUAUGAAGUGUUGAAGUGCGCACUGCAGGAUCAUUAUGAUCGAGCGAGUCAAGACAAAAAAGAGCUGGAAAAUGGGUGUUGUUAAUGUUAUACUGGUUCUGCUGGUUUGCAGCUACACUGCUGUAUGUCAAGAUAUCAUAAGUUACUGCGAAGAUGUGACUGCACAUGUGGGAGAUAAAAUAACUCUCACCUGCACAGUCACUUAUCGGAAAAAAAGAUGCUGCAUGAAGUUGUACAAGUUUAUUAAUACAGCAGCAAGUAAUGAAGAAAUCUGUAAAAAGGAGUUCGGUGAUUCCUGUAAACAAGAGAACAGAUUUUCAUGUCCUUACACUGCAAAUAAAGCCAUGACAACAAAAUUUAAAUUCUUUGUGCAAACCACAUGUGGACAAAAGACAACAUACUUCAAUGUGAGCACAACAGUUGCUGUUAAAGUUGACACAGAUGACAUAGGAGGUGGUUUAAAUAAACUUGAGGAUAACAUUGCAGAUGACCCUUCUGCCCAAACAGAACAAGAUAAAUCAGCACUUGCUGUCAUCAUUGCUGUCAUAAGCUCUUUCAUCAUUAUCAUCAUGGCAUUCAUUCUCAAGAUGAAGAAAAACAGACCUAGACCUCCGGUGCACUAUUCAGAUUUGAGUGAAGUAAACAUUGUUGAAAAACCGUAACUGCACCGUCCAACCAAAGUAAUAUUCAUGUUUUAACUAACUAAAGCUCAUACAGGGUUUAGAGUAAUCCAAAACUAGGUUUUUGAUAUAUAGACCCCUUAAAAGUUUGUAAACAUUGCAACGUCUCUGGGUGGGCGGGGCUUAGCUGGAGGCAAAAAGAGCCGUGGAUGCAAUGUUAAUGACAUGCAUAACUAGCACGUUUUAGGAGGGAUUUGGAUGUAGAAGAAGGUUCAGAACUGUCCGAAUAUAUACAGUUACUGAUUCUGCAGGACCGUGAUAGAUAUUUUUGUAAAGCAAUGUGGAUUAUUUUAAGAGACUGUUUAAAGGAUGGCACACACAUCUAUCACUGUUUGUUUAACAUUUAAGGUAAACAAUAGCACUGAAGGUUGGCAACUUUUUGCCUAUAAAACAUAAACUUGCUGAUUUGUACUAGAUAAAACCAACACACCAGUACAUAUGAUUAUUUUACUUGAUAUGAAGUGCGAGAGUGUACCAGUUCUGUAUCCUUUAAAUGUUAAUAAUUUGAUUAAGGGGUCUAUUGGGACAUUGUAGUUUUACAUACCUCACAAAAAAAACAUUACUGCUGUGCAUUUGAGACAAAACAAUGGCAAUGAUAUAUGUUAAGAUAUCUCUGUGCAAGCUGCUUCCAGUUAAGACAGCUGAAAUAUACAAUUUCUGUGAAAUCAAAGUUUUAGUGUAGAUACAAUUUAAAAAAUUAAAGGUUUAGUGUUUUCUUUGGAUAUAAAUGUGAUAAAGAGAAUACUUUCGGUAAAAAUGUCAGUAUUACUGGCAGCUGUUUGCUAGUAACUUACUUUAUAUUUAAUUGUGUUUUUUUACUGGCAACAUUUUUGUUCAAAGUUAAAUUAACAUUAAACCUUAACAAGUCUUUACCUUCACAUAAUAAAACUAAAAUAGCAGCCUCAGGGAAAGAAUUCUGGGAACCAAAAAUUGAAGGAAAAAAACAGAAAAAGGUUAAUGAGGAUUCUGGUUGUUAAGUUUUAUAAUAACAAAGUCUUGUUAGUGUUGAACAAACUGUUGUCAGUAAAUAACAUCAAUUUAAAUCUACUGACAAACAGCUGCAUAACAUACAGCAAUUUUUACAGUAAACACGUUGUAGCAUUAUUCUUUGCCUGUAUAGACGUAAUACUAAGAUGCACAGUUCAGGAAACUAAAACUAGUUUGCAUAUUUCAUUAUUUGCAUAAGGUGUGUGGUGAUAGUGUGUCACUUUUUACUUUCUGUAUUUUCAAUCAAAGUUUUACUAUGUCAAAAUUUUGUUUUGAAAUUGUUGUUCAAUGUUUUGGGCCUUAAGAGCCUGCAAGCAGGAGAGAUGCCAAACUUGAUGGGAAUAGAUAUACAGACCAUUUUGCAAGAUGUAAACAACAUUGCUCCAGAAACACUUUUGUUUACAUCUUGCAAAAUGGUCUAAAGUGGACAAAAGGCGAUGCUAUAAUAAUCACUUUUGCUUUUUGUUCCAAUUUGCAUGACAUUUUGUAGCAUUAACAGACACUCACAAAAGAAAGUUAUUAAACCUUUUAAACAUUCCUGUCAACAAAUCUUACAAAAUGCUCAACACAGCACCACCUACUGGUCAUGAUAAAUAAUAAAUAGAUUAUAAUUUCUGCUUUAGCUUGUUAUAACACAUUAUGUAUGUUUUUUUUUUUUUUGAUACCUUGGGACAAACUGAUAUUAUCCAGGGUUCUUUGGUCUGUCCAAUAGGAUAUCUGCCAUUUUUAUAUUUUAUAGCACUAUGCAGUAGUUAACACAUCCAAUGGUGCAUCAUUUGUAUUAUUCUUAAACACAAUAGCCAAUGCACCUGUGGAGCUUUUUGCCUGCACCAUUUUGUAAAGAUAACAAAAUAACCAAACUUGUUAAAACACUUAUAAUAAUUUCUAUUGUCAUGCAACAUGCCGAGUUAUGACUCACAAGUUGGAUGGUACCAAAUAUUUCAUAGUCGAGAGUUCUUUAUGUCCACCAUGCUGAAUCUUAUUAAAAAUCAACUUUUUCAAA